CGCCGUUCGACCGUCGCGGAGAGCGGUCGCUUCCCGCGCUCGCCGCGAGUGUAACACAAUUCCGAUACGUGUUGAUGAGUCCGUGAUUUAUGUUCUGACUUUUUCCGUGUGUAAUUUUGCACGAGGGACAACCACCGUCGAUGGAAUUUGCAAUACUUAUCCAAACUACGAGAUGAUCGAGCGGGCAACGGACAAUCGUCGGCGGCGGUCACCAUGUAACAUUGUAACAUGAGGCCCAGUAACUUCGCCUUGUACAUCACAAGCCUGCUUUGGCUUCACCUGAUUGAUGCGAAAAUUGGAUACUUCUGGCACAUAACUGAUCUUCAUUAUGACCCAUUCCACAAUUCCCCGGAGUUCCAUAGAGGAUGCAGACACAACCGCGGUAACAGUGAACACAACCACCGUAACGGACGGCACCGCGACCACACGUGUGACAGCUCCUGGUCCCUGAUACAGAGUGCAGCGGCUCUGAUGGCGGAACGGCAUCCUGAUACGUUAGAAUUCGUGCUUUGGACUGGGGACAUACUUUCAUCAUCUCUGGAGCACGUCAGCGAAGAGUUCAAACUUGAAGCAGUGAGGAAUGUAACAGAUAUCCUUAGUCGUACAUUCAGCAGUCAGUUCGUAUUCCCAGCACUGGGCCACAACGAUCCACCGCCAUCAAGAAAGCUUGUUGAUAUGUGGAUGCAGUGGUUACCGACGGAAGCCUUACAGACGUUUGAGACUGGUGGAUAUUAUACAAUAGAGCAGUCUCACAGCAAAUUAUGUAUAGUGGUGCUGAACAGCGUACUAUGGGCUGGUGGCGCCGCCAGGAAUGACAAUCCUCACCAUCACAGAGCGCGGGCCCAGUGGGAGUGGCUCGAGAAGGUGCUCAGCAAAGCUAGGAGGAAAAAGGAAAUGGUAUACCUAGUAGCGCAUGCUGGUCCCGGAGUGGAAGAACGGCAUAAUGCCGGCAGCUCGUCAGCUGCUGGCGGUGGGGAACUGACUCCAAACGCGAAUGGAAGACUGUUGCACGUGAUACGAACGUACAGCGAUGUGAUAGCUGGACAAUUUUAUGGACACCGUCACGCCGAUACCUUCAGACUUAUUUAUAGUGAUGGUCAACCUGUAUCUUGGGCGUUACUAGCGCCAUCUGUGACGCCUCGAGGCGCUGGCAGUAUCUCAAAUCCAGGACUGAGACUUUAUAAAUUCGAUUCUAAUUCUGGAAAGGUGUUGGAUUACACACAGUAUUAUUUAGAUGUAACAAAUAGCCGAGGGGAGCUCCAUUGGUCUAUAGAAUAUAACCUGACACAGUAUUAUGGACUGAGGGAAGUGAGUGCUACCUCACUAGACGCGCUGGCGGAGAGGAUAAGAAAUUAUCAUGAUAGAGGAAUAUUUGCAAAGUAUUUAACGGCGUUGCGCGUACGACACUCUACAGAUGUAUCGGACUGCGAUGCAGCUUGCGUAUACGUCCACUACUGUGCAAUAACACGUGCAGACUAUAACGAUUUUCGUACGUGCGUCCGAAACCCUGCGUCGGCGCUGGCGUCGCGUGCCCCCCACAACUCCGCUGCCAUCUUGCUUUACGCCAUCUUGAUUUUAAUAUCCUCAUAAUCUCUUUUGGUGCUGCUAUCUAAAAGGAACUAAAAAUUAGGUAAUCUUGUUUACCUUUGAGUAUUUAAAAGCUACUGAAUGUAAAGAAUUUUAAAAUGAAAUUGAAAUAUUAAACGUAUUUUCGACGUAUGUUUUUGUGGGAGUACCGUUCGGUUUUUCUUACUAGACCACUUCUUUUGAGGGGUGCUAAUAGUUUAUAUUUCACCAUGUAUUAUGUAUAGCUUAUGUAUACUCAAGGGUAAAAAUAUAGUAAAUCCGUUAUUAACUUUAAAAUGUGUUUUAAUUUUUCUGAUUCUAUGUUUCGUAUUAAUAAGAAAUUCUCAUCGAAAUUUCCUUUUUUUUUUUUUUUUAAUAUGAUACUUUUUGAGUAGAGAGACAUAUCUAUAAAAAUAGGCCAACAAUAAAAUCUUCGUUUACGUUAUUUGUAUGUAGUCGUAUGUGUAAAUAGUGUAUAAAACAUUUAUUAUUCAAUAUAAAAAAUAUAUCUAGAAAAAAAAUGUGGCUACUUUCUUUUCUCGUAGUUUUUUUUUAUAUCAAAUUAAUCUAUCAUUGAGAUAUAUUAUAAUAAUAUGAUUAAAAUUGCCUCAUAAUAGUUAUUUGUAAUUUAUUUCGUUAAUAAAAGACUCAGACCAACAAUAAAUUUAUUUUUUAUGAAACCAUUAUUUUGAAUGCGUGUGAGUAAGGAAGUAUGUAGUUUUUUAUAUUUUAAAAAGUAAGCCAAAGAGUAAGGACAGGGAUAUUAAUUCAUUUAUUUCUAAUUAGUUUAAUUAAUAUAAUACCUAUUUAUCAACCUCAAAGUAUUUGUCAUAAAAGAUUAUAUCAUAUUUUGAAUUAAUUCAUUUGUUAUUUUAGACGAUUUUAAAACUUUUUUCUGGCAACACCAGUGCGUUAAAAAUAAUGCUGAUUUAGACCGGCUAAUUUAUAUGAGUAUAACUCGAUAUGAGUGUGAAUUUGGAGCAAAUGUGUGCAUAAUGAAGAGUAUAUUUGUUUAAUCAAAAAUGGUUCUAAAAAUUUAACUUUAUUGUACGUAAAAAUCGUUCUUUACUUUUUUAUUGGUCUGAGGCCAAAUUGUCUAUUGUAAAAAGAUUCAAAGCUUUAAUUUUGAUAAUUAAAUUAUAUAUAUAUUAAAAAUUGUUGGUGUAUUUAUUAGUUCGUUUGUGAUCCUCGUCGCUAAUUUGAUUGUGAUAUACAUAAUAAACUUAUAAGUUUUGUACAUAUAAUGUUACGUACGUAAGCGAACUGAAAGUCAGUGUAACUAAUAAAUUGCAAAUUUUAAGGACAUUGG